GUUGUGCGCUGGGCGCGUGUUGCGGACAGAGGGACGAGAAAGGGUGUGUGUGUGUCCGUGGGGAGUCAACAGGAGGCGGGAGGCGGCGCUCGUGCCGACAGCGGCGGCCCCGGUCGGCGGCAAUGGUCCGAUGAGCCGCAGCGUCAUGAACCUGACGGAGCUAACUGAGGCCGAGCGGCCGCCGUCGCCGGCCCGGCUGCCUUUCACCUCCGAGAAGCACCCGCGCUCCACGCUCAAGGAGCUGGCUGCGCUGCGCAAGCACCGCGAGCUCUGCGACGUCGUCCUGUUCGUCGGCGCGCGCAAGAUCUUCGCACACAGGGUGAUCUUGUCGGCGUGCAGUCCCUACUUCCACGCCAUGUUCACCGGCGAGCUGGUGGAGUCGCGCCAGACCGAGGUCACCAUCCGCGACAUCGACGAGAUGGCCAUGGAGCUGCUUAUUGACUUCUGCUACACCUCGCACAUCGUGGUGGAGGAGUCCAACGUGCAGACGCUGCUGCCGGCCGCGUGCCUGCUGCAGCUGACCGAGAUACAGGAGGUGUGCUGCGAGUUCCUGAAGCGCCAGCUCGACCCCACCAACUGCCUGGGGAUCCGGGCGUUCGCCGACACGCACGCCUGCCGAGAGCUGCUGCGCAUCGCCGACAAGUUCACCCAGCACAACUUCCAGGAGGUGAUGGAGAGCGAGGAGUUCCUGUUGCUGCCCGUCAACCAGCUGGUGGAGAUCAUCUCCUCAGACGAGCUGAACGUGCGCAACGAGGAGCAGGUGUACAGCGCCGUCAUGUCCUGGGUCAAGUACAACAUCUCGGAGCGGCGACACCACCUGCUGCAGAUUCUGCAGCACGUGCGCAUGCCGCUGCUGAACCCCAAGUUCCUGGUGGGCACGGUGGGCUCCGACCUGCUCAUCAAGUCGGACGAGGGCUGCCGAGACCUGGUGGACGAGGCCAAAAACUACCUGCUGCUGCCGCAGGAGCGGCCGCUCAUGCAGGGGCCGCGCACCCGGCCCCGCAAGCCCAUCAAACGCGGCGAGGUGCUGUUCGCAGUGGGCGGCUGGUGCAGCGGCGACGCCAUCGCCUCGGUGGAGCAGUUCGACCCGCAGACCUGCGAGUGGCGCAUGAUGGCGCCCAUGUCCAAGCGACGCUGCGGCGUGGGCGUGGCCGUGCUGGACGACCUGCUGUACGCCGUCGGCGGCCACGACGGCCACUCCUACCUCAACAGUAUCGAGAGGUAUGACCCGCUGUCCAACCAGUGGUCGUCGGAGGUGGCUCCCACCUCCAGCUGCCGCACCUCGGUCGGCGUCGCCGUGCUCGACGGCUACCUGUACGCCGUCGGCGGCCAGGACGGCGUCUCCUGCCUCAACUUCGUCGAGCGCUAUGACCCGAAGACUAACCGAUGGAGCAAGGUCUCCAGCAUGACCACGCGGCGGCUGGGGGUAGCCGUAGCCGUCCUGGGAGGCCUGCUGUACGCCGUCGGGGGUAGCGACGGCCAGAGCCCAUUGAGUUCAGUCGAGUGCUUCGACCCGAAGACCAACCGCUGGACUAUGGUGCCGCCCAUGUCGACGAGGCGGAAGCACCUGGGCUGCGCCGUCUUCAACAACAUGAUCUACGCGGUGGGCGGCCGCGACGACUGCACCGAGCUCUCGUCGGCCGAGCGCUACAGCCCAGCCACCAAGCAGUGGAGCCCGAUCGUAGCCAUGAGCUCGCGCCGCAGUGGGGUGGGCCUGGCAGUGGUCAACGGCCAGUUGUACGCCGUCGGCGGCUUCGACGGCACCACCUACCUGAAGACGAUCGAGAUGUACGACCCCGACGAAAACACGUGGCGCAUCUGCGGCACCAUGAACUAUCGGCGGCUGGGCGGCGGCGUGGGCGUGGUCCGACUGCCGCCCAGCGAGAGCCAGCUGUGGUGACGGGCGUCGGCGCCAGCCGCCCGGUCCCGCUCGCCGCCGCCCGCCGGCCAGCCCCGCCGCGGCCGUUCGCUCCGCAAACCGCCGCCCUAGGCGCGCGGCUGCCGGCCGGCGGUGGAAACGACAGUAGGCCGGCGCGCUGACGUGGUGACGGGACCCCGGUGAAGGGACCCCGCGGCGUGUGGCGAGAACGGCGCCGGUCCCACUGGCCGGGGCUGGAGGGCGGCCGCGGCGGCGGCAGCUUCCGCGCGGCGCCCGGCCGUCCGCUCGCCUCGGACGAGAGCGGCCGAGGCCCGUCAACUGGGACCACUGACUGAAGUGCGGGCUGCCCCGGGGAACCUGCGACGCCGCCGGGGUCGGGGGCGGCCCGCAGUGGCUAGAGAGGUACAGACUGUCGGCCGACCACGCCGCUCUGCCGUCCCGCCGUCCGGGGUGUGCGUGGGACGCUCCCGCGCGUCCUCCAGGUGUCCGGCAGUCGCGGCUUCUGUCAGUCGAGCUUUAAGACGCAUUAGAAUGAGUUAUUUUCGUGCUAGAUUAUGAACGGUGUGUGGGAUGCGCGCUCUGUGAACUCAGUGUACUUAAAUUAAAUUGCGGAGGUGCUCUGCGUUCGUGCGCCAUCAGCGUCCAUUAUCCCAACACACGUGAUCCACACGAGCAGCGCGGAGCUCCCACCAAAUCCUUCGCUUGGCUGCGUCUCAGUACCCCCUGAUUCGCAUCAUACUCAGUGGGCGCCCAUAUUACCAACGCAUGCCUGUCGGCCGCCAUCUUUAUGUCCUACCAAUGAAGUCAAGCUCCGGCCAUUGUGAACCGUUCGCGCGCCACAUGCGUGGCCUGUCUGCCCGUCUCACCCGUCUGACCCGCCGUGGGCGCCGGGUGCGGUGGACGGAGCCGCGCAUCAAUUCCAGGGUGAUAUUUGCGCACGAGGCCGGGUCAGAACGUCGGGCAGGCUCAUCUUCUUCACGUAAUAAAUGGCAGCAUCCGA